ACAACAAUCAAUUUCCCUUACAAGUUAUAUAAAAUUGUUUGAUUUCUUCUAAUUAGUGAAUCAUAUGGCUAGCACUGUGGCCCUCAAGCUUGCAUGUGGUGUGGUCUUGUGCUUGGUUGUGGGUGCACCCCUGGCUGAAGGGGCCAUAAGUUGUGGCCAAGUCAUAUCAGCCUUGGCACCCUGCAUUCCUUACGUGAGAAACAACGGUGCUGGUGGCGUGCCUGCACCUUGCUGCAAUGGGAUCAGAUCUCUCAACGCGGCUGCCCAAUCAACUCCAGAGCGCCAAUCAGCUUGCAACUGCGUCAAGGCAUUAGCUGCCAGCAUUUCUGGCAUCAACUAUGACCUUACGAACAAACUCCCAGGCAUGUGUGGGGUGCACAGCCCUUUCAAGAUCAGCCCCAGCACUAACUGCAAAAGUGUCAAGUGAAGUAGGCCAUGGAAGCUCGUCAGCAAAUGGGAAAGGAAAUAAUGAUAUAUAGCUACAUAAUAAAAAUGGAUGGCAGCGCUCUUUAUCUUUGUCGUAGUUGUCCCUAGUAAUAUAAUAAAACCUCAAGCUAUUGCAUGGGUUUUACGUUAAUUGAAUGACAACGUAUAAGGAAGAAAUAAAAUAUUUGCAAUUUUCUUUUUCUUUCA